AUGACAGUUGGCCGUGGCGUAUUGCAAGGAGAUUGCCUCAGUCCUCUUCUUUUUAACAUGUGCUUCAAUACAUUCAUUCAGCAUAUCAAGGCUGAAAAGUACCGUCAAUUUGGGUUUUCCUUCAAAUUACUAAAUCCCAUCCAUUGGUUCCAGUUUGCUGAUGACGCGGCUGUAAUUACUGGCCAAGAAUCCGAAAACCAACAUCUAUUAAAUCGAUUUUCUAUCUGGUGCCAGUGGUCCGAUAUGAUUAUCCGAGUUGACAAAUGCAGUACCUUUGGCAUUAAAAAAGCGAUCACAAAAUCAGUUCAGUACUUGCCAAAACUCCUCAUCAGCAAUCAACUAAUACCAAAAAUCACCAUUGGAGAAUCAUUUCAAUAUUUAGGACGUUACUUUGAUUUCCACAUGUCGAAUAAUAAUCACAAAACUGAACUAACCACCCUACUUAACGAACUAAUGUCUGAUAUUGACUCAAAGCCACUACACCCCAAAAAUAAACUGCUCCUCUACAGUCGCUACGUCUUGUCCAAGUUAGCCUGGCACUUCACCGUCGCAACACUCUCUAAAACAUGGGUUACUGAAAAUAUCGACUCUAUUGCCAACAAAUAUAUCCGCAGAUGGCUUGAUGUACCAAUAUCAGGAACACUAAGUACUGUCUUUCUAACAAAUAACAAAUUUGGCCUGAGUAUUUAUCCUCCAUCUGUAAAAUUUAUCCAGUGUCAAACAGUCCUCCGAAAAGCUUUAAAAUCUUCUCCUAAUGAAUCAACUAACGACCUGUGGAGAGCAACCAGUAACCAUACUAAUAUCCAAUAUGACGCUUAUAACUCUACUAAGGAAGUUCUCAAAGAUUUCCAUUCUGGACACGAAAACAAACUCCUAAACCAAUUAACCAGUCAAGGAUCCUUUUUCUGCAGCGUCACGGAGUUCGCUUACCUCAGCUUAACAAAGUGUGGUCCAUCGCCCAAUCAAAGCUCCAGAAAAACAUUUACAACUUUACCAUUCGUUACAUUAACAACUCUCUUCCGACGCGCAAAAACCUAAACAGAUGGGCAAUAUCUUCAAAUUCAGACUGUUCUUUUUGUCUUAGCCCUGAAACAUUACUACACAUAGUAGCUGGAUGUCAGUUUUAUCUCGACCGAUUUACGUGGAGACACAAUUCAGUCCUGAACUUUCUUGCUCAUCAGUUACAAAUUGUUGACGGUUCUACUCUCUACGCUGAUCUAAAUGGAUUCAAAAGCCCUUCAAUACUUACUGGUGAUACGUAUCGCCCAGAUUUGUUAUUAUCAUGCUCAAAUGGUUCCUUAUAUGUGGUUGAACUCACCACUGGUUAUGAGACAAACCUCAAAAACAACGUAAUACGGAAGAAGGAUAAAUAUAGAGAAUUAUUGAGACAGCUAG